UUCAUUAAACAGCUGCAGAUACAAUGGGCGUGGCCACCUCCCAGGUGUGUCAGGUGGCUUUGCUUUCAAAACCCAUGACGUAAUUCAGGCGAAACUUUGCUCCAAACGCGUUUUAGCGGCGGAUCCACAUCCGCACUCACAGGAACGAGGACUUACCGAAAGGGGAGCGGUUGUUUUGGGUCACUGUCGUUGGCCCCCCCACUUAUCUCGAUCCUAACCAUGGAUGCAGCCAGAUAUUAUAACGGUAAUCGUGAUGAGCGAUUAGACUUUAUAACCAACAAAGAGAAAAAACCUUCAAGUCGGAAAUAUGGGAUCAUAAUUGGUGUUCUUGUGGCAGUCCUCAUCAUUGCUGCUGUCAUUGGUAUUCUUGUUUGGUUUUUUGCUUUCAAAGAAAAAGACAAGCCUUCCAGUCGGUCCACACGUGUCUUCAGUGGGCACAUGAAGCUGGCUCAGGUGAAAUAUGACGAAAAGCUGGAAGACACCAGCAGCCAAGAGUUCCAGGACUUUGCAGAAAAACUGCAGGAGAAGCUGAAGACGCUUUACCAGACAGAUCCACUACUCGCCAAAUAUUACACUAAAUCUGUUGUUACGGCAUUCAGUGAAGGGGUAAUGGCCUAUUACUGGUCCCAAUUUGAUAUUCCAGCGACUGACUAUGAGAUAGUGCCGGAGUUCUCAGAGGAGCGGAUUUUGGAUGCGUUGGAAAGUGGCAUCGAGCAGCAGAGCAGGGCAAUCCAGCUAAGUGAUGUCAAGAUCACUAAUAUCACAGCUUCGGCCACAGACUGGCGCAUGGCCAGGAUGCCCACUGCAGAGGAGUGUUUUUACCGCUUGGAGGCAGAAGAUGUAGAGAAAAUGUUUCAAUCUCCGGGGUACCCCAGUGGCAACGACCCCAAUUCUCGAUGCCAGUGGCAAAUCCGAGCAUCGGAAGAGAACACCAUAACUGUCAAUUUUCUUGAUUUCAACAUUAAAGACGACUGCGCCAACGACUUUGUUUCCAUUUUUGACUCGUUGAGCCCGGAUUACUCUCAGGCCAUCACAAAGCAGUGUGGACAAAGGCCUCCUUCCAACCCCCUGGCGGUCGUCUCAUCUGGCAAUAUUAUGCUAAUUAACUUAAUUACCGACAGUUCUGUCCAGAAGCCUGGUUUUAAUGCAACCUACAAAAUAAUCCCCCAGACUGAAGCUAAAACGUGUGGAGGUAUCCUGUCUGAAAGUGAAGGAAAUUUCACUUCUCCGCUUCACCCUAAAUUCUAUCCUCCUGCUGUGGACUGCACGUGGACCAUCAAGGUACCUGAUGGGAGUAAAGUACGUUUAAAAUUCAACAUGUUCCGCAUGAAAGAACCUGGAGUUGAUGUCAACAUUUGUCACAAAGACUAUUUGGAAAUAAUGGGCAAAAAGUACUGUGGAGAAAUGUCGUCUUUGUCUUUGACCAGUGAUACCAACAUACUUGAAGUGAAGUUUCAUUCUGAUGAGUCUUACACCGACAAAGGCUUUAAUGCAGAGUACACAGCCUACGAUCCCAAUAACCCUUGUCCCAAACAGUUCUUCUGUAACACCAGCAUUUGCAUUUCAAAUGCCCUUAAAUGUGACGGCUGGAAUGACUGUGGCGACAUGAGUGAUGAGACGGAUUGCAAAUGUGAUAAACAUCAGUUCAGAUGUGCCAACGGUUUAUGCAAACCUGAUUUAUGGGUGUGCGAUACCGUGGAUGACUGUGGAGAUAGAAGCGAUGAAGCACAAUGUGGUUGUGAGGCGAAUCAGUGGCGCUGUGCAAACGGUGAUUGUCUGCCCCAGGAUGUUAUUUGCAACGGAAAGAAGGACUGUGAAGAUGGAAGCGAUGAGUCCUCCUGUGAAAAUGCUAGAGGUGUGUGCACCAUUUUCAGCUUUAAGUGUGCCAACCAGAUGUGUGUCAACAAAGUAAACGCUGAAUGUGACCGUGUCAUGGACUGCUCUGAUAACUCGGAUGAGGAACACUGCGAUUGUGGCAUCAGGCCCUACAAGCUCAAUCGCAUCGUUGGUGGGCAGGAUGCUGAACUUGGAGAGUGGCCCUGGCAAGUCAGUCUUCACUUCAAGACCCAGGGACACGUUUGUGGGGCCUCGAUCAUUUCUAACAAGUGGCUCCUCUCGGCCAGCCACUGCUUUAAAUACAACGCCGAAUACGAAGAUCCAGCUAACUGGAUCACAUACAGUGGCUUGCAGAACCAGCUUACAUUUAAUACUGCACAGCGUCGCAGAGUGAAGAGGAUCAUCACACACACGGGCUACAAUGACAUAACUUAUGACUAUGACAUUGCCUUGAUGGAGCUCAUGGAGCCACUGGAGUUCAGCAAAACUGUUCAACCCAUUUGCCUGCCUGCUUCCACCCACAUCUUCCCCCCCGGCAUGUCCUGCUGGGUCACAGGCUGGGGCACGGUUAGAGAACAAGGUCUUCUUGCAAAAACUUUGCAAAAGGCUUCAGUGAAAAUGAUAAAUGACACAGUGUGUCAAAAAUAUUUGUCAAACUCACUUACCACAAGGAUGCUCUGCAGUGGCUACCUGUCUGGAGGAAUUGAUGCAUGUCAAGGAGACUCUGGAGGCCCCCUAUCCUGCUUUGAGGAGAGUGGGAAGUGGUUCCAGGCUGGCAUUGUGAGCUGGGGCGAGGGCUGUGCCCGUCAAAACAAGCCCGGUGUGUACACGCGCGUCACCUCACUGAGAGACUGGAUUAAAACUUACUCAGGCGUUUGAUGAAGAUGCAAUGAGCAUGGAGGGAUGCAGAUGAGAGAUCAUCAGAGUGCUGGGAAUUGUGGUUACAGAACAUUUUGAUUUGCAACAGGUCGAUCGUGGAGCACAGCUGCAGGAAUGGCUUCAAGCACUUUUGUUAGUUGCCAACUCUCUCAGGACUUCAGCAAACAAUUUUAACAAUUUUAUUUAAUUUAAUUUUAUUUUUUGAGGCAGUCCUAAACUCCAUGAAGAGUUUAACUUGUUUCUAAAUUUUAAAGGAAGUACAAAGAUGAUAUAUGUAUAUAGUUUGAAAUCGCUUUUUUCUUCUUUGUGCAGUUUUACUUUUUAAACUUAAAAUAGAUCUGCUUUUAGGUGUGUGCGAUUAAGAGUCCAAACUUUGGACACAAGUUAGAUAGAAAAGUGAUGAACGGAUGUAGAUGAUUUUAUAUUUUUAUAGUUUUUUUUCCAACAUACAUCCUUAAAGAUCAACAAAGAUGAAACAUAUUUAUGUACGAAUUUUAAUACCUAUUUUUUCUAAAAUACCUGACUAUCGUUAGCUAGCUAGAAUGGAGGCUGGAAAAAAAACUUUAAUCAUCCUUUAUCGGUCCAAAACCGAACGGCCAGCAGUAUUCAGCAUUUAGGGAAGGUGUAGACACUACAACAAAACAAAAUAUGUUUUCACUGACCUAAUUUGAUCUGUAAGUAUACUUUUAUAUUUUUUUUUUUCGAAAGAUUGUAUUUAAUUGGGUGAAAGGCAGAUUUACAUGAACUAAUAUUUGAUUGAAUAUACAUUAGUUUAUAAGGAGAUCUCUAAAUUGUACAAAGUCUGCUGCAAGCUCUGAAUAAGCCAGACAUUUUAGAAGACAAUUUUACCAUGACUAAAAUUUUUAUAUAUUUUUUUCUGUACACAGUUUUUAAAAAUGUGUUUUAUUUGAACAGACUAUCGACAAUAAAGUUAUUUUAUCUGAUGGCGUCCCACCUAA